GAUUAAUGAGCUUUUUUAAUUGUUGUGCGGUUUAUUUUAUACGAAAGUGCCGCUGAGAAUCGUAAAAUGGCUUCUAAAAAGUUUAUCAGUAGAUUUGUUUGCAUAAUAGUCUUUCAUGCGACUACUUCGUUGUUUUAUCUACGCAUGUUAUUGACAUUUAUGUACACAAAAAAUGUAAUUCUUACCGGUCGAAUGAUAACAACAUGGUAUCUGGCGUUUCAUAUAGGAUUCAUUUUUUUGCGACUAAUCCAAGACUUCAUUGAUCUCACACCGGUAAAAAGUUCUAUAUUCAACAAAAAUUUCACAAAGUUCAAUAACCUUGUUUUCAUCUCAUUAAUUUUUCCAUUCGCUUUGUACUUACCGUUGCUUUACUGGUUAUUAUUUCUCUACGACAGUAAUCUCAUGCUUCCAAAUUUUGUGGAAAUUUCAUUACCUACAUGGGUAUCGAUGUCAUCGCACUCGGUCAUCGGGUUGGUGGCUUUAGUAGAAAUGACCACAACUAAAUAUACGUACGAGGGAAAUCACCUCGCUUCUUUUAUUAUAAUGAGUAUUUUCUCGGCGAGUUACAUCGUAUGCUUAAUUGAGACCUAUGUACAAUAUGGGUUUUGGUUAUACCCGGUUUUUCAUUUACUUCCAGCGAGUUAUUUACCUGCGGUAUUCUUGAUGUUGAUCGCAUUACUUCUAUUUGUAUAUUUCGUUGGAAAUAUCAUCGCAAAACGUUUUCUAGCAAUGGGGAAAAGUGAUGGGAAAUUCGUAGAAGAUGAUUCAAAUUCAAUAAAUGUACUUUCACCGAUCUCGAAUUACGACAGCAAUGCUUCACGAAAUGAAAGUAGUAACUGUCGACGUGAAUUAAAAUCGACAUCGGCAGAAGAACAACAGGCGGUCUCGUCGUUAAUUUUGAUAAAACAAGUCUUGGAGAAAAUAGUGCUAUCACCUCUUCGAUCAAAUAUUCAAAAAAUGUUUCGCGAAAAAAACCCUCAUAAUUUCGAGGUAGGCGAGGAAGCGAAAUCGUCGUUUUAUUUAGGUGCAAAAGAAGAUCGCAAAAUUCCAUCAGGAGCGGUUAUUAAACUAGAAGAAAAUGGUGAUAAAUGUAAAAUAGAAGAUGGAAAAAACUUCGUGAAAAAAAAAGUUGCAGGGAAAAAAUAUUGCUACUGCUAUGAAGCGAUGGAGAAUGACCAUGAAUUCAUAUCUCGUGUAACUAUUUUGAAAAAUAUUUCUACGAGCCAAAAUAAUAACAAUCAAUCGAUGAGUUCGCCAAAUUUGUACCAAGAAAAUAAUUAUUCAAAUUUUGAAAGUCAAGAUUUUAAUGAUAGCGAGGAGUCGCCAAAUUGCAAAGUCGAAAAUGAUGACGCUUACGAUAUUUAUGAAACCGCCGACGAAAUGGACCCAUGCCAUGAAAAUGAUAAGAUAGUAUCACCUCUUCUAAAAUCAGCUGCAGAAGGAAAGUCGAGUACUGAUGAAAACGUCGAUUUAAAUACCGUUUCCUACCCAAUAGAACGUGACGACAGCAAUAAAACACAACGAGAGAACCUCUAUCGUUUUCGUUUACAGUUAUUUCCUCAUCAUAAUUGUUCUGAAAAAUUUGCUUCGAAAGAACUGCAUAGAGGAAGGAAAAAAUCAACCGAAAAAACUUCUGUCGAAGAAGUUUUGUAUUCUAAAGUAAAAAAAGAUAAACAAUCGCCUUUUUUCAAGAAAACGGAUUCAACCAAAGAAAGUGAAACGGAUUCGGCGAAAUUUACUACCGAUUCUGUCACCGAUAUUCAAACAGAAGACCACGAUUUGGAAAACCCCUUAAUGGAGGACUGUAAUGGAAAUUCUCAUUAUGCUUCAAUCAGUUUUGAAAAAUCGAAAAUCAAAGUUAUUCCAAAUAUUUACGAAACGUGCAAAAGUGCUUCAAAAUUCGGAUUUCCUAAACGUAGUAAACAAAUAACUCCUUCCUUCAUCAUGAAUAAACCUGAUACGUCGUCAGGAAAAAAUAUCUCGGAUGUCUCUCCUACACCAGGCACUUCGAACAUUAAUAUUUUAAAUUCAUCGCCGAAAAACAGUGAUUCAAAUGCAGAGCGAAGCCUCCCGAUUGACUCAACAACAGAAGGUAAAUCUGGCGAAAAAAAUAAGAAAAAAAGAAAAAGUGAACACGACACCAGUAGCUUUGAAACGCAAAAACCUCGAAAAAUUGAAAACAAAUUGAAAUCGAUAAAUAACGAUACGCAUGAUUGGAAACAAGACAAACAUGAUGAAAGAAUUCAUGAAGAUGUUGAUGCGAAAGAAACAAAUGUCAAAGAUGGGCCAGAGAAUAAAGCGACAAGAGGCGUAAAAUUCAACACCAUGAAAAUUUUCAAAUUGAACCUAUCGAAAGGGAAAAGAGGAAGUAAUGAAAAAAUUAAUGAUGACGAUAUGAUAAAAUGUCAAUGCGGUCAAAACUCCGGCCAAGAUGAACCACAAUCUAAAACAAUAAAACGUAAAAAAUAUUUUAUAAGAACGUUUAGCGAUUCAGACGAUAAGAAGAAUAAACGUAAAAAAAUAAAUAAAAUCAGAGGAAGUGAAUCUGCUUGCAGUUUUUCAACUUCUUCUUUGGACAGAAUUCAAGAUCGAGAUCACACUCACAGUGUUUCACGAAUUCGGAAAGAACAAUCUGCAGGUUCAAGUCAAAAACCCUUGGAAAAACUAAAUGAAGAGAUAGGAAAUCUUCAAGAUGAAAAAUCACGUUAUGAAAAACUUCCGAAACUGAACACCCGACUGAAAAAAAUAAACGUAGCAAGUUGCUUGUGCUCGUCAGAAACACAAUGCAAAAAGAAAAAAACCACUGGCAAAGAAAACUAUACGAACGAGUCAAUUAAAGAUGUGCCUGUGGUACAGGAGUUCUUAAGCAAGUGCACCAAUCAGACAGGGGACAACAUGAGGAAAAAAUUUAUAGCCCGUUUUUUCAAGUUUUCGAAGCGCACUUCAAAAGGCGAUGAAGAAAAAAAACUCGCAGAAAUUUUUAAAUGUUCGAAUGGUUCGAAAAUUGGAGCAAUAUUCGCGACUAUUCCGGAUAAAAAUGAAAUUCACCUGAAUGUUGAUCUCGAAAAUGCGAAAGUAUUGCAGGACUUGCAAGCGUCACUCUCUUCAAAUGGUGGUCUCUCUUCCAUUGGUGGUAAGCAGUUCAAAUUUUGCAUUUUUUUAUCAUGACGUUGAAAAUCAUUGUUGGAACAUUGAAGAAUGAACUAUUUACAUAUGUAUAGGUAUAUUGUAUAAUUUUAGGUAUAUAAAUAGAUAGAAGAGUACCUACUUUGUAAGUAAAAUUGACGUGGGUUCAUUGUACAAGUACCUACAUUUUGAAACAUGCGAUUAAAAAAUUGUACCUAUCUAUAAAAUAAGAUAUUGCAAAUUAGUAUUCAGUUAGUUGUUCGAAUACAUCUCACAGGUAUAUCUGAUUCUAACCUUUAUGCAAAUUCCAUAAAGUUGUUCAUGAAAUUGGAAAUGCCUCAACGUGAAAUAAUCUCGAUAUUUUAUUUUCCUGCCAAUAAAAUAAUUCGAGGCGUUUGUAAAAUAAACAAAUGAUUUUUGUCCAUCUAAAAAACAUUAAUAUUGAUUCACUAUAUGUAUACCUACUUAUUUUAAUUCAAUUAUAUGAAGGUGUACCUAAUUUUCUUCACUCCACUUUAAAGCAUUUAAUCUACAGCACAGCAAUACAAUAAUAUGUAGGUACCUAGUAGGUACCCAAUAGGAAAUAUAGAAAAUGGUAACAGCGAGAGACCAACAAAGGACGAAGACACAUCCAAUCCGAUGAAAUAAAACAGUAAUUUUGAGCACACUAACCAACCAAAAUGAUCAAUCUCGCAGGGUUGGUUUUUAGAAGAGUGUGGACGUGAUCGAUUAAAAAUUUCAAUGUUUCAUUGAUCAUGUAUAGGUAGUAGGUACUUAUCUAAAGUUGUCUAUGUCUACAACGGAUCGAUAAGGAGUUAUUAUUACACUCAGGAGUCAAGGGCGAAUCGGCUUCUGACUGGAAUUUUGAAAUUAACCCGAGGAAGUUGGCUGUUGGAGUACAAAACUCCCGUGACUCGAUUUUCAGAUCGCUGAUUCACCCCUAAUCCCUUCAAAAGAGGUAAAAUUGCCAUUAUUUCACAUUUUGAAAUUUUUUCUAACGUAUUUUCCAAGUGAAAAUGAAAUGAUUUUUAUUUUUCAAUG